AUGGGCUUGAUGCUUCAUACAAAUGCCAAGCAGCUAAUUAAGAAGCAAAACUACAAAGAUGAAUUGGAAGUGCUUAUCAUGGGAGAGAACGGGGAUAAUGGCUAUCGAAAGACGAAGUUUUGGAAGGCGGAAAAGGACUUCUGUUAUUGGGAUGGUGUUUCAUGCAACAUGGAAACUGGACAUGCGGAAAGCCUAGAUCUCAACCACAGUUGGCUUCAUGGGCCUUUGCAUUCUAAUAGCAGCCGCUUCAACUUUCAUCAACUCCAACAACUCAAUCUCGCCUUUAACAACUUUAGUUUCUCUGCAAUUCCUUCAGAGUUGGGCCUCCUUUCAAGAGUAGACAUGAUCAAAGGGCUUGUCAAAAACAUGACAAAUAUUAGAGAAAUUGUCAUAGACUACGUGAACCUGUCUUCAUCACUACCUGAAUCCCUGACAAACUUAUCUUCCUUAGAAUCUCUUUUGCUGGGUGGAUGCCGUUUGCAUGAUACAAACCUUUCUGCAACAUUGCCAGAUUCAAUCGAAAACCUCAAGUCCUUGAAUGUUUUGGAUAUCGGAUAUUGUGAUUUUUCAGGCACUCUUCCUUUUUCACUUUGGAAUCUUUCACAACUCACAGAGUUAUACCUCUCCGGAAACAACUUCAGUAGCAUUAAUCAACUUCUUCCUUCAGUGGGAAAACUUUCAAAGCUCACUAUUUUGAAGCUUGCUGCGCUUCAACUUAGUGGUGAAUUAGCCUUUUCACUUGGAAAUCUCUCACGUCUCGAAAUUUUAGAUCUUUCUAAAAAUAAUUUCAGUGGUCAAAUCCCAUCUUCAUUUGGAAAUCUGAAAAAAUUGCAAAGUUUAAAUCUCAUGUAUAGUGGUGUCAGUGGUAAUAUUCCAUCUUCACUUGGAGACCUCAUCAGGCUUGAAGAUUUAAUACUUCAAGGUAAUAAUCUUAAUAGCCAAAUUCCUCUCAUCCUUGGAAACCUCACAAACUUAGACCAUUUAGAUCUUUCAGAGAAUAAUCUUAGUGGUCAAAUUCCUGAUUCGCUUGGAAACCUUACAAAGCUUGAAAAUUUGUAUCUUUUCCGUAAUAAUCUAAGUGGUCAAAUUCCUCCUUCACUUGUAAACCUCACAAGGCUGGAAAAUUUAUAUCUUUCAGAGAAUAAUCUUAGCGGACAGAUUCCUUCUUCACUUGGAAACCUCAUAGGGCUGACAUCUUUAGAAAUUCUAUAUAAUAAUUUCAGUGGUAAAUUUCCUUGGUCAGAUGGAAACCUUAGCCAACUAAUAUUCUUGGAUAUUUCUAGCAAUUGUUUUGAAGGAGUCAUUCCUUGGUCUCUGUUUACAAUUUCUUCUUUAGAAGUGAUGUUCAUGGAUGAUAAUCAAUUCAGCGGCCCUUUCAAUAUUCAAAAUGUCGGCUCGUCCCAAUUGUGGGUAUUGGGUAUAAGUGGAAACAAGUUAACUGGGAAAAUUCCGAAGUCGAUAUCCAAAUUACAGAACUUGGAGGAGCUCUACCUUGGUUCAAAUUACAUGAGUGGAACAUUUGAGUUGGGCUACUUGUUAGAGCUGAAUUUGUUAUAUAAGCUUGAUCUCCAAUGUAAUAACAUUUCCAAGCUAUCAAAUGCACACAAUUUGACUUCCUUUGUUCACAAUCUUGAAUAUUUCAAUUUGUCUUCCUGCAACAUAUCUGAAUUUCUAGAAAUCUUGAAGUCCCUACCUCGUUUAGAUGUGCUUGAUCUUUCCCACAACAGAAUUGAAGGCCCCAUACCUAAAUGGUUCUUGAGUGUUGGUAUAGACACCUUGAAUUUGCAAGGCCCAGUUGUAGUUCCACCGGAUUCCAUAGCUUACUAUAUUGUUUCAAAUAACAACUUGACCGGUGGCAUUCAGCCAUUGUUCUGUAAGUUGAAGAAUCUCCAAUUUCUUGAUGUGUCCAAUAACCUUUUGAAUGGCACUAUUCCGCAUUUUUUGGGUAGAUUAUGUACACGUGCUUCUUCCUCCCACUUCAACUUCACGACCUUGGACCUCAGCAACAACCGAUUGCAAGGGAAAGUCCCACACUCCUUAAGCAAAUGCAAACAGUUGGAGAUCCUGAACCUUGGGCAUAAUGAAAUAAAAGACACAUUCCCUUCUUGGCUAGCAAAACUUUCAAAGUUGCAGGUUCUUGUGUUGCGAAGCAAUAAAUUUUUCGGUCCUCUGUGGAAUCUUCAUGACAACAUUUUUGGAUUUGGAAUGUUGCAGAUUUUUGACCUAUCUUUCAAUGGGUUUAAUGGAACUUUACCACCAGAUUACUUCAGAACUUGGAGCUCAAUGAUUCAAAUUUCCAACCAAGAUAAGUCAUCAACUGUGACUUAUAUGGGAGAUGAGGAAGACAGGUACACAUAUUAUGCCUCUGUGAAGGACCUUCUGAUCUAUGCUUUUGAUGACGAUCGUGUAAUUAUUGUGGGUUUAAUUUACUAUUGA